AUGACACGACUCGGCAUACCACCAGAGCAGCCGGCUGCAGUGAGACAAUGGGAUCUUCUUAUAGCAGUGAAUUACCCAGCACGACGAGCAGGUGUCAAGAAACGUACAUCUCUUCCUGAAGCGCUAAAGAUAUGUCCUGAUAUCAAGUUCCUUCACGUGGCAACGUAUGGCCCUGGAGAUAUCGAGCCCCAGUAUUAUCCAUCACCAAGUCGCUCCACUCAUAAAGUCUCCCUUGAUCCUUAUCGUGCGGCAUCCAAGAAUAUAUUCAAGAUCUUCCGCAAGUACUGCAAGACAAUUCAGAGGAUAGGAUUGGAUGAAGGAUUCCUUGAUUUGACUGAUACCGUCAACAAAAAGAUCAUCGAUGAAUAUGUACCCCAUCUUUCGGAUAAGAUCGAUGAUGAAGUAUGCGGCGUGGAUAUCGAUUGGGAUGAACUUGGUGUGCCCAUUGGGAAAGAAGAGACCACAACCACAUGGAAGGAUCUACAGCUAGCCGUGGGUGCAAGGAUUGCAAAAGAAAUUCGUCAAGAGGUGUAUGAUGAGCUUCAUUAUACUUGCUCAGCAGGCAUUGCACACAACAAGGUAGUUGCAAAGUUAGGAUCAAGCCAAAACAAGCCUAAUAACCAGACGGUGGUGCGUACAUGUGGAGUACAAGAUUUCAUGCACGACAUGCCCUUCAUGAAUAUACGCAAUUUGGGUGGCAAGCUUGGCAAUGAAGUGGAGGCUGAUCUUGGUAUAAGUACGGCUGGUGAUGUAUGGCAAUUUAGCCUUGAGGAUCUUCGGCGGAAAUUUGGAGAGUCGACAGGGACAUGGAUUUACAAUAUUGUACGAGGAGAAGAUGAUGAAGAAGUUUUGCCUACGAAGGCACCCAAGUCAUUGAUGGCAGCCAAGUCGUUUGUAAAGCCAGUGAAGGAUGCAAAGCAAAUGCAAAAUUGGAUUGGGAUAAUGAGCGCAGAGCUUCACAACCGCAUCAUGACAAAUUUGGAGGAUUUCUCGUUGUGGCCCAAGACAUUGACAAUACACUUUCGAGCCACGCAUGACACAAUCUACCGAACCAAGUCGUUACCAAUGUAUUCACGAGCAAAUUUCCGCAAUCCAGAGAGGCUAUUGCAAAAAGUGACCGAAGCACUAUCAUCGAUUGAAGGAUUGUAUCCAUGCAUCGGCUUUGCAUUGCAAGCAACUGGGCUUGUGGCGGAUGAAGCAGGAAAGCAUUGCGACAUUUCCCAGUUCUUUAUUCAGAAUGGAGAAUCAUCAUCAUCGUCAUCCAGCAAAAACGCACAUUCAUCACCACUACCACCAUCAAAUACCCCAAAAGUUGAAUUGACAACACCAUCAUCACCACGAUUAGAGACACCUCCACCAUCAUCAUCGUCAUCAUCCUCACUCUCCAAUGAAGCGGCCAUUAAGAAAGGAAGCAUUUUGGAGUUUUACAGCAAAAAACAGCCGUCAUCAUCGCCAUCAUCAUCAUCAUCAUCAUCAUCGUCAUCCACACCCAACAAGAGAAAAUCAGGACCUUUGGAUCACUUUUGUAAAAGGAGCCAUCAAGACAUGAAUGAGGACAAUGGCCAAUAUUGGAAGUGCGACAAGUGUUUCAAAUCAAUUCCCAUUGAUGAGGUGGAUGAGCAUACGGAUUAUCAUUUUGCAUUAGAUUUACAAUUAGAAGAGAGGGCUACUAGUCAACCGAAUGUAGUAGGAUCAGUGAAAAGACCCAAAGUAGAACAAGGACCAUCAAAAAGGAAUUUAUUCUUUCAACCACGAUAA